UGGGAACCAUUCCCAUUGGAUCGGAGGUUGGGCCCCUGCCAACCAAGAGUUUCAUGGUGAAAUCUACCUGUCUCGUCGGUGCCUUGUCUUCUGAAUCAUUCGGAACGUUCCGAUGUCAAUACAAAUUUAAGUAUAUCUCUGUACCUCGUAGGUCCAGUUGCGUAGUAUUUAGCAGGCUUGCAGCGUGAGAAGGACCUCCUCUGUGUCGGUGUUGCGGAAAGUAUUGUAAUAACCAUUUUCAUGGCUCCCUACAGCUUAGUCUGUCGUACCCUCAUCAUUUUUGCUGGUCUUUGUGCUGUUGCUCAAUGCAAGCUUUCAUCUAAUCACUACUCAUCGACAUGCCCAGAAGCUCUUUCCAUUGUCAAUAAUGCUGUAAUUGCAGCUAUUAAGAAGGAGACGCGAAUCGGUGCCUCUCUACUUCGAUUACAUUUUCACGACUGUUUCGUAAAUGGCUGCGACGGAUCCAUACUUCUGGAUGACACGGCGAGCUUCACUGGGGAGAAAACAGCAGUUCCCAACAAUAACUCUGUUCGAGGGUUCGACGUUGUCGAUGACAUAAAAUCACGCUUGGAGAAGAAGUGCCCUGGAGUUGUGUCGUGUGCUGAUAUUCUCGCUCUAGCAGCUCGUGAUUCGGUUGUAUAUCUGGGUGGGCCUUCAUGGACAGUUGAACUAGGAAGAAGAGAUUCUAUUACAGCCAAUUUAACAGCUGCAAACUCUGAUAUCCCAGCACCCACCUCAAAUCUUAGCGUCCUUGAAACUAGAUUUGCUGCGAAGGGGCUUUCUGUGAAAGACAUGGUGGCUCUUUCAGGUUCACACACAAUUGGGCUAGCCAGGUGCACAACGUUCCGUAGUCGGAUCUACAACGACUCCAACAUCGAUGGCACCUUGGCAAUGUCGUUGCAGCGCAAGUGCCCAAGAAGUGGCAACGAUAACAAACUUGCAGGCCUCGAUGCACAAACCCCAACAUACUUCGAUAACUAUUAUUAUAAGAACUUGUUGAAGGGAAAGGGGCUUCUUCAUACUGAUCAGGAGCUAUUUAAUGGAAGCUCCUCCACUGAUUCUCUGGUUAAGAAAUAUGUUGGCAACCCAUCCAAGUUCUUUAAGGAUUUCGCCAAAGCCAUGGUUAAGAUGGGUAACAUUAGUCCUCUCACAGGUAGUGAAGGGGAGAUCAGAUUCAAUUGUAGAGAGCUUAAUUAAUUACGGUCGAUGCAUUGGGCCUUGGAGUGGGUCACGCCAUGCACAUGCUCUCUUACUCACUCCUGCAGGAUUUGGCUUUGACAGAUUCUUGUGGAGAUCGAGGGUCCCCCGCCAAGUGCGAAGCCUCCUACAUAUCUUAUAUUUUAAUUAUCUGUCUACCGUAUAAUACAAUAACACUUUCAUUAAUAUUUGUAUACAUUAGUUUAUAAUUAGCUUGUCUUUUUAAUCAAAGGAAAUUUAUUUUCUGUA